AUGCUCAACAAUAUCACCGGCGGCAAUUCCGUACACGGUAUCUCCGGAGCGAAGGAUGCGCCGGAUCUGAAGCGAUACGAGAAGGAGCACGGCGUGCUGGGAGUGAACUUGGGCUCCAGUCUGUCCGCGGGUGCUGGCCUCACACUUCAUCAGGAAUUGAUCAUGACUAUGCCCGGCGCAGGAAGUGCGUCGGGGAUCGGGCAAGGCGAUGACAAACCCGCGAAGCAGAAGAGACAUCGGACGCGCUUCACACCGGCCCAGCUCAACGAGCUGGAAAGGUGUUUCGGCAAAACCCACUAUCCGGACAUCUUCCUGAGAGAAGAAAUCGCUCUAAGGAUCGGCCUCACGGAAAGUCGCGUUCAGGUAUGGUUUCAAAAUCGCCGAGCGAAAUGGAAGAAGCGCAAGAAGACGACGAACGUGUUCCGGUCUUCCGGAUCGUUGCUACCGUCGCAUGGCUUGCCUCCUUUCGGAGCGAUGAGCUCGGAGUUGUGCGGCGCUGGGAUGUUUCACACUCCUGCGGACAGAUGGGGAAUGGGGACAGGUCUCGGCCAACUGCAGGGUGGCAUGACAAUGAGCAGUUUCGGGCAACUCGGCCAACAAAGCACGGGAAGCCUGGGCUCGAGCCUGAAUCUUGGCAAUUCCGGGCUCCCCAUCAACAGCCCGUCGCAAUCCGUCUACCAUACCAGUUACGGACUCAACUCUAUCGGCGGCGUUCACGUGUCGGCGUCUCGAGGCUCGCCGCCGGGUAGUUCCUCGGUGGGUGGCGGUCAGGGCGGCGGGAUGGGCUCAAGCCUGAACUGCGGUCAAGGUUCGCCAGGUACGACUUCCGGUAGCGGAGGCGGCGGCGGCGGAGGCGGUGGCGGCGGCGGUGUUUCCUGCGUCGGUGCCGACGUGAGCGCGAACGAGGCGUCGGACUGGAGAGGCGCCCACAGCAUCGCGGCGCUCAGACGCCGCGCCUCGGACGCGUCGCAACAAUACAGUCCACAGCCGCCGCCGCCACCCCCAGGACCACCUCAGUACACCCACGACAUGGAGUACAGUUCCGUUUAUUAAGGCGUCGGUCCAAACGUCCUAAUCGUUCAGUUCCACGGAAAAGAAAGAAAACAGAGAAACUGCCGGCCGGUAGGAGCUUAUGGUAAUCCCAUGGAACGAGUACUCCUCCCUCUC